AUCUGUUCUUGCUUCGAUGGCAGAACUAUGUGCGAAGUAACCGAGUAGUUAAUGUGAUGUUUUGUGAGGGCAAUAACGAGAAUGCCAAUACAGGCACCGCAGUGGACUGAAUUUCUUUCUUGUCCAGUUUGCUGUCAUGACUUUGAUGUGGCCAUACGUGGCCCGAUAUCAUUAGGAUGUGGUCAUACUAUAUGUCGUACGUGCCUUGCAAAUUUACAUCGUAAACAAUGUCCUUUUGAUCAGAGCAUUAUUAAUACCGAAAUAGAAAGAUUACCGGUAAAUGAAGCUCUGCUUCAAUUAGUAGGGAAUCCUGUUCCCACAAAUGUUGCAACAGCUUAUCAGAAAUUAUUACCACCCGAAGACCAUGCUAAUUAUUUGGUUGCUAAACGUUGUAUUGAGGAACUUGCUCUAUAUCUCAAACCAUGUCAGACAAAUCCUACUUUAGCAACAGGAGGUAUGGGAUUUGUUUCUCGGCCGAUGCAAAGGAAACUAGUAACUCUUGUUGGUUGUCAAUUGGUUGAGCCAGAAGGUAGAGCACGCGCGGUAAGGGCAGCUAGAAGUUUAGGCGAACGGUCAGUUACAGAGUUGAUACUUCAACACCAGAAUCCACAACAGCUUAGUGCCAAUCUGUGGGCUGCUGUACGUGCUCGUGGCUGUCAGUUUCUUGGGCCAGCGAUGCAAGAAGAAGUACUCAAGCUUGUUCUAUUGGCUUUGGAAGAUGGAUCUGCUCUUUCUAGGAAAGUGUUGGUCAUGUUCGUAGUUCAACGUUUAGAGUCACAUUUUCCCCAAGCAUCUAAAACAAGUAUAGGACAUGUUGUACAAUUGUUGUAUAGGGCAAGUUGUUUCAAGGUAUCUAAACGAGAAGGAGAUUCGUCAUUGAUGCAAUUGAAAGAAGAAUUCAGAACGUACGAAGCUUUAAGAAGGGAGCAUGAUGCUCAAAUAGUGCAAAUUGCAACCGAAGCUGGUUUGAGAAUAGCGCCCGAUCAGUGGUCUGCAUUAUUGUAUGGGGAUACCAGUCAUAAAUCUCAUAUGCAAAGUAUUAUAGACAAACUUCAAACUCCACAAUCUUUUGCUCAAAGCGUACAAGAAUUGGUUAUUGCUCUUCAACGUACUCCUGAUCCUGGACAAUUAAGUAGUCUAAGACCACAAUUAGAACUGUUAGCCGCGAUAGAUCCCAGCCCAGAAACAGAGCCUCCUACAUUGUCAGAAUGUCGUGCAGCAUUAGAGGCUGUUAGAACAGUAGUUGCAGCACUAGUAGAAUUCAUUCAGCAACACGGCAACAGAAAAGCGCAAGAUGGUACUCAUAGCGUAGGCCCGGGCCAACCAAAAUAUAAAGUGAGCAUGUGUCGAGAUCUCGCGCUUAGAGGAUCCUGUCCUAGAUCUACUAGUUGCACAUUUGCUCAUAGCGAUAUGGAAUUGGAUAAGUACAGAUCGAAAAAUAGGAAGUUAAGUAUCAGGUCGAGUUUACCUUUAACUAACAAUUUGGACAUAAAAAUGGACAAGUCGGUUACUGGCUCGAACAAUAAAACGUUUAAGCAGAACGAAGAUUUAUCUUACCAUUCCAUAAAGUCGCAUGAUAAUACUCACAGAGAGAAUUUCAGUUCUAUAAAUAAAGUUAAUCAAAUGCAACGGCACGCUUCAACAAAUGAAAACAAUUUUGUUGGAUCAUUGACAAAUUAUAUGCUACCACCUCCGCAAGGAGUAUCACCUGUGGUACCAACUAAAAGCAUGGAUAUGUAUUGUUCUCAUUACAUUAUGCCCAACACAUCUGUCGAUUAUACCACACCUAAUCUCAGUAUGUGGGAUUCGUCGCAAGUUUCAUCUAACGUAACAAAUGGGAUUUCUAACACCAAAAAGCAGCGCACGGUCGCCAAAACAUUGGCAAUGUUGUUGCAACGCAGAAUGGAAAUCUUAAAUCAACUGGAAACGAUUGUCAAUAAGCAAGUGCCACAAAUAAAAACGAAUUAUGACAUCCAAGGAGGAGAUACAUUAUCGUCAAAUUUUUCUAUAUGGACAAAUACACCAAGUAAUCCCAUGGUUCCUCCAUCAAAUAUUAAUUGCAACAACAAUUUUCGAUGUGCGGAUCCAAUUUUAUUUGACGAUGAAUUUGUGCCAUUUGAUGCAUCGUCUAGUAAUAAAUAUGGACCAAUUUCAAAAUUAUCCAAAAGUUUGAUGAGAUCUACUAAUGGUGUACAACCUGCUAAUUUUUAUGCGGAAGGAGGUGCACCUCCUACAAUAUCUGCCUAUAGAUCCUUACCAACAGCAAAUUCUAUUACAUCUUGGUAUUACGGUAAUCAACCUUACGCUGCUAUUGGUGCCAAUGGAGGAGUACAGUCCAUCAAUACUUCCGGCUUUGGGGAUAAUUACAUUACGUUUGGUCGCAAUUUAUCCGAAUCGUCAACGUAUACGCAACUUCCACGGCCAGAAUGCAUGCCAAAAGACUUAAUUCUCGAGUCGCAAAGAGUAAAACAACAGCUAAAACAUCUCGAGAAGAAAAUCAACGAUUUGAAGCUUGCUACGCAAGGGGCAACUUUCACAGCCGGAGAAAGGCUAGCACAGGAAUUGCAAUUGAUCGAAGCUGGUAUUAGAGAAAAAGAAAAAGAUGUACGAAAUUGGAGUCCUUAUGGUACUGUACCUUGGAUUCAAUCAUCGAAUAACUUGCUUGGCACUCAAAAUUUCAAUCAAAAUUAUAAAUCGGAAGAGGAGGAUACGUACGAGGCUGGAAUUGCAAAUGAUAUGCGAGAAUUAGAAUUGCGAUGGGAAUUCGAACUACAAGAACAGGAAAAACAUUGGUCGAGCGAAGAGGAUAAUUCUAAAAAAUAAUAGUAAGAUAGUAAGUCUUACUAUACUGUUUACUUAGAUCUGACUAUUAUUCAUUUUACGAAACAUGUUCUUUUGACAUGUACAAAUAAUGUUUUUGUGCAAACUUCCGUGCAUCAGCAUGUUUCAAUUUUUCCAACAGAAUGACUGAAAGUAAAUAGAAUUUGUACUAUUUGCAUAAGAAGAAUUUCAUACUCUUCUAAGCAACAUCAAAAGAAAUUAAUACUGGAUGAUGAUACUUUAAACACUAUCGAUAACUGAAAAGAAUUUAUCAUCUCCCCUGUUUUUGACGUCAUAGAAAUUCUUCUUUUGGUAUGGUACAAUGCAAAGUAGAUUUCACUACUUUCUCACGUGCUAUACCUUUUACAAGUCUCUUGGUACAUAAUAUUUGUUCUUUAACUGUGAAAAUGUACUUUUUCCUGAAAUUAUUACCAACGUAUAAAAAAAACUAGCUGUAAAUAUGUGAUACUUCGAAAAAAUUUGUUAAACACAAUUUGUCAAAUCCUUCAUGAUGGUAACUCGUCUUUAGUUAUGCAGAAAGUCACGUUGUUUUAAUUUUUACUAACUGCAGUAGCAAUUUAUUAUAGUGAUCAGUGUAUUGUAAGAUGUGAGAGUUAGCUGCCGCAUUGGAAUUUACAAUUUAUAGAACCGGUGAAGGGUUGAUUGGUGUUCCGUUAUAUGAAUAUCAUAAAGGGGACAUUUCAUUGUCAGACAGAUUGAACAAACGAGAGCAGAUUUGUUAAAAUUUAACAGAAAUUAAUGUCAGUGUUUUAUAAACAUGACAGGAUGUAGUAUAUUUUGUUUAUAUGUUUGCACAAUGAAGCAAAGAAUAUUAUAUUACUGAUACAUUCGGAAAGAAUGCUAUUUAACCUGCAACAAGGUUAUAUAAUAAAAA